AUGCUGCGCAAACCCGAUGGUCUCCAGUCACACGUUACGGGCCCAGGGGACUCGAACCAGCUGGUCUGGCGAUCGAUCGAAACGGACCAUGAUGCAAACGAGCCCAAUUGGCGAGUAAAGAAAAGGCGCUCCAUGGCAUCAGGGCAAUCGAUCCUCUCAGGGUCCGAACAAAGUCGAAUCUAUCAUGACUGGGUCGAGGGCGGCAAGCCGCAUCACUUUGUCUGCUCGGAGUGUCGUCUUCCCGAGAAGCUGAUCGGAUGUACGACUUGCUGUCGCUCCUACCAUGCAUCGUGUCUCUCGCUCCCCGGAAACCAAAUGGCGGGUUAUUUUUAUUGUUCGGCUUGUAAAGAACAAGCGUGGGACCGGGUACCACCAUCGCCGCCGCCGCCACUCUUGUCGCAGCCCUUGACGCCUGAUACGCGCGGGGCCCCUCGAGAGAACACCCCCGAUAGCAGUGAGAGCCUCUUCUCCAAAACGAAUCAUCGAGCGGGAGACGGCCAUCCUCCAACUUCUCAGUCACCCCCAAUGGUUUCUAGACGACCCAUGUCUGGAAUUCCAUCGAUGCAAACCGAUGCUUACGAGCAUGGCCCGUUGCUUCAGCAGCCGGCACCCAUCUCUGACUUGUACCCGCACCUUCUAGCAUAUUUAUCUGACUCCCGGCCUCCACGUAGUUCAUCGGCUGCAUCGGCAGUUCAGCCGGAGUUCUUUUAUCAGCUGGAUCUGAUGAUGCGAGAAGUCCAAGCCUACCGAGCAUUGCUGGACAAGACUGCCACUCUACGGGAAGAAUUUGCGAGAGUUCAAACAGAAAAUAUCCAGCUUCGAACCUAUCUCAAUGCCCGGUUGCCAUUGCAGGAACCUACUUUCUCCGGUGCUUCCACCUGCGUUUCGACUCCACGGCCUCUGCCAGAAACCAGUGGAAGAUCUUGGGAUAGCAUUGUUCUAGAUAUCAUGUGA